GCAGCAGAGCAGAGCAGCAGGAUUAGGUCCAAGUGCAGGUACACCUACAGAAAAGGUACCUUGUUUUUACAAAACCCCUGGGUUUUCCGGCAAACAGGGCGUCUGUUUGUACAACACAGUCAGACGAUGUCGUCAGAAAACCUUGACACGGACGCACAAGUGGAGUACGAGGACGAAAAACAGGACUCACAGGAGAAGAAUGCAAACCCUGUGAAAGCAGAGGAGGCCAAGCUGAAGGCCAAAUACCCAGGCUUGGGCCAGAAGCCUGGUGGCUCGGACUUCCUCAUGAAAAGACUACAGAAAGGACAAAAGUACUUUGACUCGGGCGACUACAACAUGGCCAAGGCCAAGAUGAAGAACAAGCAGCUUCCUGUGGCGGGACCGGACAAGAACCUGGUGACGGGCGACCACAUCCCCACACCGCAGGAUCUACCGCAGAGGAAGUCGUCCUUGGUGACCAGCAAGCUGGCCGGUUAGCCUCCAGCAUCCCCGAGGCCCCGUCGAUCGAUGCUCCCCACCACCCCCGGAACUCCAGGGAAAACGUCCCGUCUCCACCUGACCUACGUCCCCCAGGUGUCCACUCCCCUCCUCUUGCUUCCCUUUCAUCCCCCUGGCACCACUGGCUUUAACAUAUCGGACCGAGUUGUCUAAGUUAAAACUCCAUUUGCUUGUAUGAUGGCGGGGUGGGGUGGGAGUGACGGAUGGAUGCUUAGGCGGCCGGAAAGGUCGCAGCCCUCUCUGCCUUUCCACCACGCACCUCCACCCCCUCUGCGCACUCUGCUAUACCGCCUCCCUCAUAUCUUGGUUUUCAGUGUUCCAAGAUGCAUUACAGUAGGUGUGUGUCAUCAGGCAGGGUUGGAUGGGGCGAGUUAAUGCACUUUGUAUUCUGUAUAGUAUGUAUUGUUAUUUUUUUGCAUCCUGAAUGACACCAAAAUAAUGUGUGUAAAGGAGUUAGGAACCAUGGUCGCAACUUGUUCUUUGAUCUUCACGCUCCGUUUCUGUGCUGGUUGCCGGCUUUAGCAGGAGGGGCUGGAAGAGGUAUGCAAAUACCAAAUCAAUGAGGGGUAGCUGUUUUAAUUUUAACAGUAACUUUAGCAUUCAGUAACACUGAUGGGAAAAAGAAUGGAGUGUACUUUGUAUCUCACUCUACAGUCAUGUUUUUUCAAAUAUGAAGUCAGCUGCUGCAGCUCAGCCAAACGGGGACUUAACUCUUGAAAUUUUCACCCCAGCUGAUGUCUUAGUCCCUUUGCUCCUGUUCUCUCUAAAGAUGCUGCAUGAUUGUAACAAAGAAAACAUAACUUGUCCUUUUUUUUCUUUUUUUUUUUACAGUAGUGGGGCAUUUCUUGGAUGUUGAAAAAAAUAUCAAAACACAUGAAAUGUCCACAAACACUUCUUUCCUUUAGCAUUUCGAUGUUAAGACAAUCCAUUUACAUGUUCUCGUGUUGGCAGCCGACGGCAAGAACCAGCUGAGUGUAUCUUUGUUUU